CUACUUUUACCCCUUUCUCCUUCUUUCUCUUCCCUUCUCUUUCUUCAUUCCUUCUUUCGUAACCCACAUCACAUCACCAUCUCCGCCGCCGCCGUAGAUUCUCAACCCACCACCACCCUCUCAAUCCCAUGGACCCCAACCAUAACCAUUCGUCUCCACAAUCUCAAACCCUAGUUUCCCCUACCGAUCUCCAAAAUUCAACCACCAAUCCCCAACAAACCCUACCUUCUGCUCCACCAAUUCAAAAUUCACUUCCACAUCCUACAAACGGCCACACAGACAAACAACAUUCAGGCGCUGAAGACGAAACAGCCACCCGAAGACGGAGAAAAAGCCGCUGGGACCCGCCGCCGACCGAAGACGCCGGAACAGUCAGCGACGGCAGCGGAACAACCGCCGCCGGCGCACGCAAGCGGAAAUCUCGAUGGGCGGAUGAUGCACCAAACCCUAUGUUACAGUUACCAGAUUUCAUGAAGGAUUUGACUGCAGGUAUUGUGCUUGAUCCUAAAAUUCAAGCACUUAAUAACAGGCUGCUUGAAAUAAGUAGAAAGUUUCAAUCUGGUUUGCCUUUAGAUGAUAGACCUGAAGGUGCUAGAUCACCUUCACCCGAACCGGUUUAUGAUAACAUGGGGAUUAGAAUUAAUACGCGAGAGUAUCGCGCUAGAGAACGGUUGAAUAAAGAGAGACAGGAGAUUAUAUCACAGAUUUUGAAGGAGAAUCCGUCGUUUAAACCUCCGGCGGAUUAUCGGCCACCGAAGGUUCAUAAGAAGCUUUACAUACCUAUGAAGGAAUACCCCGGGUAUAAUUUUAUCGGGCUUAUUAUUGGGCCGAGGGGGAAUACGCAGAAGCGGAUGGAACGAGAGACGGGUGCGAAAAUUGUGAUUCGAGGGAAAGGGUCGGUGAAGGAGGGUAGGUUGCAGCAGAAGAGGGAUUUGAAGUAUGAUCCUUCGGAGAAUGAGGAUUUGCAUGUUUUUGUGGAGGCGGAUACGCAGGAAGCGGUUGAUGCGGCUGCGAGUAUGGUGCAGAAGCUUUUGCAGCCGGUUGAUGAGGUGCUUAAUGAGCAUAAGAGGCAGCAGUUGAGAGAACUUGCUGCGCUUAAUGGGACAAUUAGAGAUGAAGAGUUUUGUAGAUUGUGUGGUGAGCCUGGACACCGGCAGUUUGCUUGUCCUUCGCGGAAUUCGACUUUUAAAAGUGAUGUGUUGUGUAAAAUAUGUGGUGACGGUGGACAUCCGACUAUAGAUUGUCCGGUUAAAGGGACCGCUGGUAAGAAAAUGGAUGAUGAGUAUCAGAACUUUCUGGCGGAGUUAGGUGGGACGGUUCCAGAAUCUUUGAUCAAGUCGAGCUCUUCGACUCUGGCUCUUGGUCCAGGCAGUAGUUCUGGAACCGAUUCUACUGCUGGAGCAGCUGCAAGUACAGCACAUGGUGGAUUAGGGUCAAAUGUGUUGAAACCGUCAAAGGAAUUCGAUGAAACAAACUUGUAUAUCGGUUACUUACCGCCUACUUUGGAUGACGAUACCUUGAUCCGACUGUUUGCGCCUUUUGGUGAGAUUGUAAUGGCUAAAGUGAUUAAAGACCACAUCACAGGGCUGAGUAAAGGCUAUGGUUUUGUGAAAUAUUCAGAUGUUAACCAAGCUAAUACCGCUAUCGCUAGCAUGAACGGUCAUCUUUUGGAGGGAAGAUCAAUCGCUGUACGAAUUGCCGGGAAGCGCCCUCCACCGGUGCUUCCUCCUGGUCCUCCUGCACCGGUUCCGGGGUCGUACCCAACACAUCCUGCACCGGGUCUUCCCGGUGCACCGCCUGCACCAUAUACUGGUAAUCCGGUUCCGUGGGGUCCACCUCCACCUCCACCUCCGACUUAUGCGUCUUACCCACCUCCCCCUCCGCCUCCAGGUUCCACCGUGUAUCCUCAGGUCAUGAGUCAACCGUUACCGCAAUAUGGGAUACAAUAUCCUGUACCUGCGCCUACAGUAUCUUCUGCAGCGACUUCCCUAACUGUCCCUUCUGGUGAGAUGCAGCAAAGUGUUCAACCUGCAUAUUCAACGCCUACAUAUGCCUAUGCGCCGUAUUACGGUGCACCUACUACCGCUGGUUAUACCAGUAUGCCUCAGUCAACUAUUGACCAUUCACAGAUUAUUGGAAAUGUUCCCUGGGCCCCACGUCCAGAUGUUCCGCCAUCUGCUGUAACAGCUGAGACGAAUAAAUCUAGUGCGGAUCAAGAAUAUGAGAAGUUCUUGUCGGAGACCAAAUGAUAGUUUGUAACUUGUUAUUCUGAGAUGAAAGCUUUUGGCAGGCAUGAUUUCAUGGAGCAAAUUGUUCAUCUGGUCUUCUAUCUGUUGGAAGUUUGAACUUACAACUUUAACUUGUUAUGCUGUUGUGACAUGUGCAGAGAGAGAGAGAGAGAGAGGAGGUUUCAAAAUGAUUCGGUCAAAUGUCGUUCGUUAUUGUUCUUCGUGGGCGUCUAUGGACCAAUUACUCAUACUUUGUUAUUCUAUUAGUUAUUACCUUUUGUUUGCUGAUGUAAUAGUUUCACUUACAGGGGGAGCUUUCUCAUUAGGGAGAGGAACUUACUCCAACCAUACAGGAAGAGUUGACUUUCAUCUAUUAGCUUAUAUAUUAUUGACUUUUUGUUGAAGCC